AUGAAGGCUUUAUGUGGCUGGCGCUCACUGUCUGCAGAAUACCCACCACCCCACCUCCACACAGCCCCCUCCACCCCACCUCCACACAGCCCCCCCACCCACCUCCACACAGCCCCCGCCACCCCACCUCCACACAGCCCCCCGCCACCCCACCUCCACACAGCCCCCCGCCACCCCACACCCCCAACCCACCUCCACACAGCCCCCCGCCACCCCACCCACAUCCCCCCAACCCACCUCCACAGCCCCCGCCACCCCACCUCCACCCCCCAACCCACCUCCACACAGCCCCCGCCAACCCACCUCCCAACACAGCCCCCCCACCCCACCCCACCCCCUCCACCCCCACCUCCACACAGCCCCCGCCACCCCACCUCCACAGCCCGCCUCGCCACCCCAGGGGAAUCCGACCAAUUAAAACCCCUCGCCACCCCACCCCCACCUCCACAUCCCCCCACACAGCCCCCCCAACCCACCUCCACACAGCCCCCCGCCCACCCCACCUCCCCGCAGCCCCCUCCACCACCCCCCGCCACCCCCCCACCACACCCCCACGCCCCCGCCAGCCCCCCGCCACCCCACCUCCACGCAGCCCCCCCACUCCACCUCCACGCAGCCCCCCCGCCACCCCACCUCCACACAGCCCCCCACCUCGCCACCCCACCUCCACACAGCCCCCCCCCCCAACUCCACACAGCCCCUCGCCACCCCACCUCCACACAGCCCCCUCGUCACCCCACCUCCACACAGCCCCCCGCCACUCCACCUCCACACAGCCCCCCCACGCCACCCCACCUCCACACAGCCCCCGCCACUCCACCUAACCCACCUCCACACAGCCCCCCAACCCCACCUCCACACAGCCCCCCCACCGCCACCCCACCUCCACACAGCCCCCCGCCACCUCCACACAGCCCCCCCAACACACCCCCCAACCCACACAGCCCCCUGCCACCCCACCUCCCCACAGCCCCCCCAACCCCAACCCACCCCACCUCCACACAGCCACCCCAACUCCCCACCAACCUCCAGCCCCCCACCUCCACACAGCUCCCAGCCCCCCCCCCCACCUCCCCACACCUCCAAACAGCCCCCUGCCACCCCAACUCAGCCUCCAAAUUAGCCCCCCCCACCUCCACAAGCCCCCAGCCCCCCCCCCACCUCCAGACAGACCCGACCUCACCCACCUCCACACAGCCCCCCCACCCCACCGCACCUCCAGACAGCUGCUCUCCACUCCAACUCCAGACAGCUGCUCUCCACUCCACCUCCAGACAGCCCCUCUCCACUCCACCUCCAGACAGCCCCUCUCCACUCCACCUCCAGACAGCCCCUCUCCACUCCACCUCCAGACAGCCCCACUCCACUCCACCUCCAGACAGCCCCUCUCCACUCCACCUCCAGACAGCCCCUCUCCACUCCACCUCCAGACAGCCCCCCCCAACCCCACACAACCACACAGCCCCCCGACCCGACCUCACCUCCAGACAGCCCAUACACCCUACCUCCACACAGCCCCUCCACCCCACCCCACCUCCACACUCCUUUCUCCCUUCUGAGGGAAGGGAGAAAGGAGCCAAUAAAGACAACUCCAUCUAUUACCAAGCAUCUGCCUCCCAUUUUAAUACAGGCACCGUGUGGAUGUAA